AUGUCAGAUAGGGUUAACUGGUUACAAAGCCAAAAUGGGGUAUGCAAAGUGGAUGUCUAUUCACCCGGAGACAGCCAACCUCAAGACUGGAAAAUGGAAGCCUCAACGGAUCCUGUCAGAGUGCUCAGCUGGCUCCGCAGAGACCUGGAAAAAAGUACAGCAGAAUUCCAAGAUGUUAGGUUCAAGCCCGAAGAAUCAUCAUUUGGUGGAGAAAUGACCAACUCAGGAGACCCAGGCAAGGGUUUCUUCGUGGACUACUACAACACCUCCAACAAGGGCAGUCCAGGGAGAUUUCAUUUUGAGGUGACUCACAGAGAGAACCCUCUCCAGGGCCCCAGUGCCCAAGCUGGUAAUGAAAGAGCAGUAGAUGAAGUUUCCUUUUAUGCUAACCGCCUCACAAAUUUAGUCAUUGCCAUGGCCCGGAAGGAGAUCAAUGAAAGAAUUGAUGGCUCUGAAAACAAAUGUGUCCAUCAGUCAUUGUAUAUGGGGGAUGAGCCCCCACUCAGCAAAAGCCUGAGUAAAGUGGCAUCAGAGCUGGUGAAUGAGACUGUUGCUGAAUGUUCCAAGAAUGCUACCUCAGAUAAGGUUCCCGACCCUGGUGACAGAGUCUUUGGAUCUUUACAGAGUCCCUCAAGUUUCAAAUACAAGACCACUUUGAAGAUCAAGGAAAGAAAGGAUCCAGAUGACAAGCCUGCUUCUAAGAAAUCUUUCUUCUAUAAAGAAGUAUUUGAAUCUCGUAAUGCAGGUGAUGCCAAAGGGUGUAGAUGGUCCUUACCUGGGGAGAGGAAGUUAUUCAGAGGGCAAGAAAGGCCUGAUGACUUUACAGCUUCUAUUAGUCAAAAGAUCAUGACCUAUGCUAACAGUGUGGUAUCUGAUAUGAUGGUCUCCAUCAUGAAGACACUGAGAAUCCAAGUGAAAGACACAACCAUUGCCACCGUCCUGCUGAAGAGGGUACUGAUCAAGCAUGCAAAAGAGGUGGUCUCAGAUCUCAUUGACUCCUUCAUGAAGAACCUCCACAAUGUCACAGGGACACUCAUGACUGAUACAGACUUUGUCUCAGCUGUGAAAAGAAGCUGCUUCUCUCAUGGAAGCCAAAAGGCCACAGAUAUCAUGGAUGCUAUGCUGAAUAAGCUAUACACUGUAGUGUUUGCCAAGAAACCUGAGAAUAUCAGGAAAACCAAGGACAUGUCAGAGAGUUAUUCCCUUGUCUCCAUGAAAGGGAUGGGUGACCCUAAAAACCGAAAUGUAAAUUUUGCUUCAAUGAAAUCUGAAGGUAAAUUGAGGGAAAAAAUGUACUGUCCUCCAUGUGAACUAGAGAAGACUUGUGCCGAAACUUUGGGUGAACACCUUAUCAAAGAAGGACUGAACUUGUGGCAUAAAAGUCAGAAUAAAGAAGGAAAAUCUCCAGGUUCCCAGCAUGUAACAUUUGCAACUCCCAAUGACCAGUAUAACCCUACACCAGAAUAUCCCCUGGGAUAUCCUCUGGAUACUGGCAACCUCAGCCCCACUGUGAAUCACCUAGAGAAACCUGAGAAUUUUAUGUGUGAUUCAGACUCCUGGGUCAAGGACCUGCUUGUAUCUGCCUUACUUCUAAUUCAGUACCACCUGGCCCAGGGAGGAAGCAUGGAUGCACAGAGCUUCCUUGAAGCUGCUAGUAGCACCAACUUUCCCACCAAUAAGUCCCCUGUAGUUUCUAAUGAGACCAACCUUAAGUCUCCUCAUGGGGGAGGCAACCAAGAAGAAGCAGAAAAGAAGGAUCUUAUGAGCGUUUUUUUCAACUUUAUCCGGAAUUUACUUAGUGAGACCAUUUUCAAGAAUGACAGUAGCUCUGAACCCAAGGUGCCAGAACAACCAAUGAAGGAAGACUUCUUCAAAAGACCUGUAUCCCCUUCUCCCAACAAACUAAGUGAAGGUGAUGAGGCUGGUGGUACCUUUGUUGGGUUGAGCAAGAUGGUUGCCAACCAUCUAGAUGGCCACAUGAAAGGAAAGAUGAUGGAACAUCUGAUGGACUCAGUGAUGAAGCUGUGUCUCAUUAUUGCCAAGUCCUGUGACUCUCCCUUUGCAAAACUGGAUGAUGAUAAGUCUGGUGAUGCUAGCAGGACAACUUCAGCCUUUGCUGAUAGUUUAUGUGAGUGUUUACCAGUCAAGAGCACAGGGACAGCAGAGGCUGUCUUGCAAAAUACCUAUCAAGCUAUCCAUAAUGAAUUGAGAGGUAUAUCAGGACAGCUCCCUGAAGGGUGUGCAGCACCCAAAGUGAUUGUCAGCAAUCAUAAUAUAAUUGAUACCACUCAGAACAAGCAACUCCAAGCUGUACUUCAAUGGGUAGCUGCCUCUGAGCUCAAUGUCCCUAUUUUGUAUUUUGCUGGUGAUGACGAAGGAAUCCAAGAAAAGCUACUUCAGCUCUCAGCUGCCGCUGUGGAAAAAGGACGCAGCGUAGGUGAGGUUCUGCAAUCAGUGCUGCGCUAUGAGAAGGAGCGACAGCUGGAUGAGGCAGUGGGGAAUGUUACACGGCUGCAGCUGCUGGACUGGUUGAUGGUGAACUUGUGA